AUGAACGGUAAAAAGGAAGAAGAAGAUCAAAAUCAGGAGAAUCGGAAUGAAUAUUCCACUUCUUCUCCUGCCGGAAAGCCGCCCUCGCAGGAUGCUGCGGCGAACCCGCCUUCUCGGAAGGGUCUCAAUUUUCUGAUUCCGGUUAGGGAUCCGGACGCUGUACAUAGUGGUGGGGGUAUAAGCUUCCUCGCUGGGAACCAGAAUGGAAAGUUUAGCUAUGGAUAUUCUAGUUUUAAAGGAAAACGAGCAUCAAUGGAGGAUUACUACGAGACAAGGAUUUCGGAAGUUGAUGGGCAAAUGGUUGCAUUUUUUGGUGUUUUUGAUGGUCAUGGCGGGUCGAGAACUGCUGAGUACUUGAAGAAUAACCUCUUUAAGAAUUUAAGCAACCAUCCAAAUUUUAUUACAGACACAAAAUCUGCCAUAGCUGAAGUAUUUAGACAAACUGAUGCUGAUUACCUCCAAGAACAAAAAGGCAAUCAGAAAGAUGCUGGUUCGACGGCAACAACAGCUGUUCUUGUAGGGGAUAGGCUACUAGUUGCAAAUGUUGGGGACUCUAGAGUUGUUGCUUGUAGAGCUGGUUCAGCAAUCCCACUGUCCAUUGAUCACAAACCUGAUAGGUCUGAUGAACGUGAGAGGAUAGAACAGGCUGGAGGCUUUAUUGUGUGGGCAGGUACAUGGCGUGUUGGUGGCGUUCUUGCGGUUUCUCGUGCAUUUGGAGACAAAUUACUCAAGCCAUAUGUUGUAGCCGAGCCAGAAAUUCAGGAAGAAGAAAUCAAUGGUGUGGAUUUUAUAAUAAUUGCAAGUGAUGGACUUUGGAAUGUCCUGUCAAAUAAGGAUGCAGUAUCAAUUGUACAGGAUGUAACAGAUGCAGAAGCUGCAUCCAGAAAGCUUAUCGAAGAGGCAUAUGCUAGAGGGAGUUCUGACAACAUUACUUGUGUGGUUGUUAGAUUUGAUAACUCAUGA